GACACACGCUGGUGUCGGAGCCCGAGCGCAGGCUGCACUGAGACGGAGCCGUUACCACAGAGAGACACACACACAGGAGCGAGGGCUGUGUCGCAGGAGGUGGUGUGACAUGAACGGUCCUUUUACGAGGAAAGAGCGCAACACUUUUUUUCAUUUAUUAUUCUGUGACUUUUUUGCGGCGUUUAGAAGGUGAUUGUGACUGUCUGGCGGAGGUUUCCAGGGCUUUGAGAGCUGUUACUGUGGACUUUUGCUUGCUACUACGAAACCCUCACAGGGGAGCCAAACCUCGUGUGCGCAAAAUACGCGGGGACGCAGACACGGAGAAACGGGCAGUGGGAGCCUCUCAGUCGGAACUUGAAGCACCCUGGAGCCGCUGUCCAGAUUCUCCGGAGCAAAGAUAUCGCCUGAAGCCUCUCGGCUUAGGAGCACACGCAGUAUUUAUCAGGGAGUUUAUUUGUUCAGUCUUUUUUUGGAUAAGGUUUAGUGGCAACGCUCCGCUGAAUGGGCAGACUUGUAAAGCAAAGGACUGAGCAAAUAAGAAUAUCUGAAUUUAUUCAGUGACAUGUAGUUGGCACAGUUUUCUCCACCAAUGGUCUGAUAAACGCCGUGGGAUUAUUGAACUGGUUUAGUUUUGACUGCUGCCAGCGUUUUUUGGUGUUGAAGGGGUGUGGAUUUUUUGGAAGAACAGCAGAAUUUAUAUUCUACGAGGUGGAAACAUUAGAAACUUAAAGCUCUCCACGAGUUUCUGCAUCAUCCAAGAUGGAUUUUGUGUCAUCGUUGAUUGGAUUUUUAAUGGCAAUGUGUCAUCUGGCAUUGAGAGUCAGAGGAGAAGAAGCAGUCCCAGAGUGCGGGGGUGUCUUCGAUGCCAGCGAGGCAGGUUACAUCACCUCCCCCGGUUAUCCUCUGGAGUACCCGCCUCAUCAGAACUGUCACUGGGUCAUCACGGCGCCGGAGCCCUCGCAGCGCAUCGUCCUCAACUUCAACCCGCACUUUGAGAUCGAGAGGCUGGACUGCAAGUAUGACUUCAUCGAGAUUCGCGAUGGAAAUACGGAGAAUGCUGACGUUCUGGGCCGACACUGCAGCAACAUCGCCCCGGCGCCAAUCAUCUCAUCUGGCCCCUCCCUCCAGAUUAGAUUUGUAUCAGACUACGCCCAUCAGGGGGCGGGCUUCUCUCUGCGCUAUGAGAUCUUCAAAACAGGGUCGGAAUUCUGCUUCCGCAACUUCACCAGCUCCUCCGGCAUGAUUGAGUCCCCUGGAUUCCCGGAUAAAUACCCUCACAAUCUGGAGUGCUCCUACAUGAUCAUCGCCCCGCCACACAUGGACAUCACCCUCACUUUCCUGACCUUUGACCUGGAGAACGACCCACUGCUGGUGGGAGAAGGUGACUGCAAGUACGACUGGCUGGACGUGUGGGACGGCCUGCCACAAGUGGCUCCUCUAAUCGGCCGGUACUGCGGAACAAAGAUCCCUCCAGAAAUCCAGUCGUCCUCCGGCCUGCUGUCCCUGUCCUUCCACACCGACAUGGCCGUGGCCAAAGACGGCUUUUCCGCCCGCUACAACAUGACACACAAAGAAGUCAGCGACUCGUUCCACUGCAGCAUGGCACUCGGUAUGGAGUCGGGGAAGAUCAGCGACGAUCAGAUCAGCGCUUCCACGUCUUUCUACGACAACCGCUGGUUGCCACGGCAGGCUCGCCUCAACAAUGAUGACAAUGCCUGGACACCCUCAGAGGACAGCAACAAGGAGUACAUACAGGUUGACCUUCAGUUUCUGAAGGUUUUGACGGGCAUCGCGACACAGGGGGCCAUUUCCAAAGAGACACAAAAGUCUUACUACGUCACCACUUUCAAACUGGAGGUCAGCACCAACGGGGAGGACUGGAUGGUCUACCGGCACGGCAAAAACCACAAGACUUUCCAUGCCAACACAGACCCAGCUGAGGUAGUUCUGAACCGCGUCCCACAGCCAGUCUUGGCUCGGUUUGUUCGCAUCCGUCCACAGACAUGGAGGAACGGCAUCGCCCUGCGCUUCGAGCUCUACGGAUGCCAAAUUACAGAUGCCCCGUGCUCAAACUUGCAGGGCCUGCUGUCCGGCCUGCUACCCGAUGCCCAGAUCUCAGCCUCCUCCAGCAGGGACAUGGACUGGAACCCUGGGACUGCCCGUCUGGUGGCCAGUCGCUCUGGCUGGUUCCCGGCUCCUCCACAACCUCUAGCUGGAGAGGAGUGGCUUCAGGUGGACCUAGGUGUUCCUAAGACGGUGCGUGGGGUAAUCACCCAGGGAGCGAGGGGAGGAGAUACAGGAAGUGGAGCAACCACAGAUAACCGAGCAUUUGUCAGGAAGUACAAAGUGGCAUACAGCCUGAAUGGAAAAGAUUGGAAUUUCAUCAUGGACACCAAGUCUAACCUGCCCAAGAUUUUUGAGGGGAACACACACUACGACACCCCAGAGCUGCGUCAUUGUGAGGAGGUUGUGGCCCAAUACAUCAGACUGUAUCCAGAGAGGUGGUCUCCAGCAGGGAUCGGGAUGAGAGUGGAGAUACUGGGUUGUGACCUUCCAGAAACCACCACGCCGGCAGACACCGCCACGCCAACAGUGCCCGCUGGCAUCGAGACCACUACAGUCCCCGUCACGACUGCAGCUGCCACCGCUCUUCCAUCAGACAGUGUGUGUGACUUUGACCAUGGCCUGUGUGGGUGGACGCACGACCCCAACGCCCCUCUCCUCUGGUCCCUGCACAGCCACGAGCUCAACAGCUAUCUGUACAUGGACGCCAGCCUAAAGACAGAGCAGCAGCGAGCCCGGCUCGUGAGCCCCGUGCUGGCGGCUGACACUGGGCCCCUCUGCCUCCUCUUCAACUACCAAAUGUUGGGGGAGGCCCAGGGCUACCUGAGGGUCCUGCUGCGGGACGCCCACAACGAGGAAACCCUCCUGUGGACACUUAAAGACGAUCAGGGCCCUGUCUGGAAAGAGGGGCGCACCAUCCUGCCUCGCUCCCCUAAAGACUUUCAGGUUGUGAUGGAGGGUUUCUUUGUGCACGGCACCAGAGGACACAUCUGGAUAGACAACAUCCACAUGGGCUCCAGCACCCCUCUGGAGGAGUGUACACAACCCUUCGCUGCUUUUUCUCCUGAAAUGACAGUUGAAAUACCCAAUGAAUUUGGAGAUGGACGACUGUUCAGUGGCAGAAACCAACUAGGUGGAGGUUUACAGUUCCCGGAGUGGAAUACAGCAUCCCCGUCAUCUGACCCUCCAGUGACCCGCGUCUCAGAGAAGGACAACUCCUGGUUGUACACCCUGGACCCCAUCCUGGUCACCAUCAUCGUCAUGAGUUCCUUGGGCGUCCUGCUCGGUGCGGUCUGCGCCGGCCUCCUCCUGUACUGCACCUGCUCCUACAGCGGCCUGUCGUCACGCUCCUCCACCACCCUGGAGAACUACAACUUCGAACUGUACGAUGGUCUCAAGCACAAGGUCAAACUGAACCAACAGCGCUGCUGCACUGAGGCGUGAGGAGGUUGAGAGAAGAACCACAAAAGAAGACAGAACGCGAGAGAUACAGCCAUUAUGUGAAAACCUCUCACUAUUUUCUUCAUUUCCUCCAGUUCACUUUAGUGUCAGUUUACUUCCUCAAUGGUGCAGAUCCUUGGACAACAAGAAUGCCAUUUUUUAGCUCAAAUGAGUACUUGUUUCCUGUUUGGAAAACAUGGCAAAGUCCAGUGUUUGUGGUUUUUGAACCAAUGAGAGAAAGACUGGGGUCACCCAGAUGGAUUGUUCCAUUGCGGGGGUUUCAGGCCUCAAAAAAUAAAUAUCUACACAUAUCAAUUACAGAUUCCUGCUCCACCAAAAGACAACUGUUUAUAAAUGCAUCAUAGAUUUGUAAGAGGUCUAGUUUUGAAACUGGAUACUGUAAGCUACACAUACUGAGUCAGAACACAUUGUGUUGGAAAGGUGGUAGGUUAGGAACGUGCUUAGAAAGCGUCUUUUUGAUCACAUGUGAACACAGUGGCCUAGAACUUAGCUCCUAUGUGUGGCCCGUUGGCUUUUUUGUUCCGUCGUAGAUUCUGCUACCUAUCAGCCUCAGUUAUCCUCUUCCUUCCUGACAGUCUGUGGUAUUUUUAGUCACUGACGUCCCUCAAGUUUUCUCUUUCUGCUUGGUCACUUUCUUUCUGUUUAAUGUUUUCGUUCUGACCUACUGCCAGUCUGUGAUGGCAGAUAAGUAGAAAAAGAGGCAAAGAAAGUGUAUGUGUGUGUAGAAGUGGGGAGGUAGGGGGGCAUUUUAACACAUUCUUUUAAUGACAGGGAGCGUUAUUGUUAGAUUUAGUUGUCAGAGACUGUUGUUACUGGUUCCUGUCGAAGAGAAGGUCAUGUUUACAUUGUGGUUAAUAGUGAAAGGUCAAGGAGCUUUGGUCGGUGCAACCUAUGGAUUGCUGUUAAGGGCAGAGACUGAAAACCACUGGAGAAAGAGAAAAAAAAAAGAGAGAGAGCGAAAGAGACGAUGACUGACAGAGCACUAAAAUCCCCUGCCUCUCACGGGGGCGGUGUUCCCUCUGUGCUUUCGCAAGGACAAAAAACAAAUGGGAUCAAAAACAAAUGCACAGCCAGGAACAGUUCUUCUCAAUCGACUGACUGUGUGCCCGGACACACAACAAGCCUUAAAAGCAAACUGUUCGCGGAAAUGUUGAAAAGGAACGUUGAGGCGACACCAAGACUAGAGAGGAGGUAUCCAUCCCUCUCUCUUUUUACCUGUGGACCUCAAAAGCCAUGAUUUAAAGGACCUACCCACCUAAAACACACACACAGACGCAGACACGAACACACACACACACACACACACACACACAUACAUUACACCACCCCCACCUCAACCUACUGGCUAAUUGUGGCCUAUUUUUUUAAGUUGUUUUGUUUUUGUUUUUUUAUUUUUUUUAAUGUCAGCUCUCGCACAGCAAGGCGGGCAUUCCUCGGGAAGGUUUUGAAACCAAUCAGAAAAGGUCUUGUCUUGCACGCUCUGAAAGGACUCAUAAGCCAUGAGAAGGAGAGGGUGAGAGGAAAAAAGUCUCAUUAUUCCCUCCCAUGCACACACACGCACACACACACACACACACACAUAUGUACGCACACACACACGUUCAUCUCGUCUACACACACUGACAGGAUCCGCUUGUAUAUACAGAUGUAUAUACAGAACAUUAAUACACUGUCGCUCAGAAAGACAUGAACAUACACACUGAGAGGCACUCAAACCUAAAAAUGAAGGGAAUAGUGGCUGCUGCUGAGAAGCAUGAGGUAUAUAUUUGAGCCCCAUGACUAUGAAGUAAACACAUGCAUUCAACAUUUCACCCAAUUCACCCUCUUCAUGUACACAUACACACACACACACAUACACCGCCCUCCUUCUCCUCUGAGGCCCGCAUCUCUGGAUCCCACUGACUCUCUUCAAAGUGCCUUGGAGCCUCGGGGAUCCAGCUUGCCUUUGGAGCCGGCAUCAGAUACAGUAAUGUGACACUGACAGUGACAGUGAUAGUGCCCCCUUCUGCCAGGGAGGACCAAACACAUAAAAGGACAGGAUCCCCCCUUCGCACUGCUCGGACUGCUGUUGUUGUUGUUGUUUUAAAGGGGUCUUUGUACAGAAAUGCUCUUUUUAUUAUUGU